GGGACUCCAGCUCUGCAGGAGAGGCAGGCAGGCAGGGAGGGACAGAGGCAGCUGCUCCUUGCUGCUCUCUCCUCCCUUUGAGCUUCCUAGUGCUCUGCCUGUGUGGAGGCCUGAGGCAUGGGGACUAGGGGAUGGACACUCUCCACCUUCCUGGGAUGCUGCGUAUGGAUUCUGCAUGGGCUUGGGGCUGCUGCUGCCCCUGUCACUACCGAGGGGCCCUUUACUGUGGGGACAGCUUUUCCCAUCACAGCAGAGAAUGAAGAGCCCAGUGCCCUGGUGAUGGGCACUGCGGACACAAGCACCACGGCAGCUGAUGCUGAGAUAGACGAGAGCAUCUUCACGAGGAGCCCAUUGAGUUCGACCUUCCCUCCCGGGACUGAGCUGGACUCUUUUGUGACUGCGAUGAGUGAAUAUGGCUCUACAGUGACAACCUUGAUGAAUGUAACCAAGCCUCUUAACACAUCUCGGGGUAUUGAGGGGGGGUUGGCUGCUUCCACUACAGCCACAACCGCUGCCGCUAUCACUGCACAACACCCUGCUGUCACCCCAGAAGUAGAGCAUGAGGUAAUGGAGGCCACUCCUGAUCCCACCCUGAUCACCCCAGAUGUGAAGGAAGACAUCCCUGCAGCUGUGACCAGAGGAGAAGAAGACAUAGACCUCAUCACUGGCAAUAUGUCCCACCCUACCACCCCUCCACCAGCAGACACCUGGGUGCCACAGCCAACUGCUGGCAGCCCCUUGGGUGUUGGUGUCACUGUGCUGCCAAGCCAAGGGCUGACCACAGCCAUGGGAGCAGUCGAGGAAGUCGUAACUCUGUCUGCAUCUGUCCAAAGUGGAGCCAAUGCCAACUCCUUAAGUCCCAGCCCCAGCACUGAGGAGCUGCUUACGACCCAGCAGAGUGGAGUGGUGAGCAGGCUUGAGGGCACUAACCCGGAGACAGCAGAAGAAAUGGCCCCAGCUGCUGAGGAAAGUCCUUUGGCUUCAGAGUCUGGAGAUGCAGGAGAUCCAACGAAUGAUGAAUUCAGCACAGCUGGCUCAUCCCACCUACCUCCAGAGAGCCCAGUGAUGUCAGAAACAGUGGGAAACCCUGGGGAGCCCUCCUUCCUCCCUGGCCACGCAGUGCUGAGCCCAGACGCUUCCCUGGCACCGUCCACAGGGGAUGGAGAUGGGCAGGGAGUGUCAUCAGAAGCUUCUGGUUCAGCUCUGUCACCUGCAGCCAGCGAGGCACCAGUGGCACCUGAGGAAACAGAGGACACUGCCACAACACUGCUGGCCCCAGAGGUUCCCACUGAUGCACAGAGUGACAUGAAUCUCCCAACCGUGGCCACUGUGCUGCCCACAGGGGACAUGGGGGCUGUGGGUCUGGACAAUCCAUCCCUGCAGCCUGACCCAUGGCAGACCUCCGCCGGAGAACAGCCACCACUGCUUCCUGAUGCUCUGACGGACACCCCCAGUGCUCCUGGGGCUGCUUACCCACCCCCAGGGGCUGAAGCCAACACCCUGCCUGCAGCUGAUGGUGCAGCAGAGACACCAUCCAGCCCCAACCUCACUAAUGCCCCAGAAGCACCCAUGUCUCCAUCUCUCGGAGAGUCACAGCCAGGAGGGAUGCCAGAUGGACCUCCCCAAGAAUCUGAUGGAUCUGACACUGGCUUGAGUUCAGAUUCGGAUGCCCCUAGCCCAGCCCUCUUUGUACCUGAUGGACUGGCAUGGCCCACUGCUGGGGUCCAGGGUCAGGGAGAUCAGGGAGCAGAGGACAUGGCACAGACAGGAGGUCCAGGGAAUGGCAAUCCCUAUACAGACACCCAGAGUGACAUGAGCCUUUCAGACACCCAGCCCUCAGCCUCUCCUGCUAAUAAUGGAGAGCUGCUGGCUGGAGGAACAGGAGAUUUGGCAAGUGCUGGGCAGUCCCCUCUAUCAGCUCUUGGGGAGGGAACAGGAGCAGGAGGUGCCCCGGCACUGGGAGAAAUGUCCUCACCUGGUUCUGCACCUCCCAGCAGUGCUGGAAUGGAGCCCGAUCUCUCAGGGGCUGAAGGACCAGCGGACCUGCCCAGUGAAUCUGCCAGUGGUCCUGGGGCUGUUUACCCACUCCCGGGGGCUGUGUCUGGCCCUGCAUCUGAGACAGAGACACCAGCGAGCCCCAACCUCAGUGGUGCCCAGGGAGCACCUGGGUCUCCAUCCUUUGGUGGGUCGCAGCCAUGGGGAACAGCAACUGGUGCUCCCCAGGGAGCUGGUCUCCCUGGAGCUGAAGGACCAGACUCUGGCUUGUCUUCGUCAGGAGAUGCCCCCAACUCAGCAGUUCAUGGACUGGCAGAACCCCCAUCACCUGCUCUUGGGGACCAGCUUGGCACAAACCUGGGGCUGCCAGCAGCCGGAGGGCCUGGAGUGGGCACGGCAGAGCAGACACUGGAAGGAGCAGGCAGUGGGAUUGAUUCUGAGCCGUCCCUGAGCUCCACUGCAGGCAGUGGGAUGGCAGCUGGAAUAGAUCAACUUCCCGGUGAAGGUUCCUCAUCCGGUUCUGCCUUUCCCAGUGAUGUGGUGGCAGCACCUUCUGUUUCAGGAGGUGAUGAAGCAGGACCCAUCUCAGGUGCAGCCCCUGGUCCUGACAGCCUGUCCUCAGCCUUUCCGGCCAGUGAAACUGGCCCAGGGCUCGGUCUGGUGGAGGGGGCAGAGAGUGCAGGGAAUGUGGCACAGGCUGGAAACCCGGAAAGUCCCUACACGGAAACAAAUCCUUCAGCCUUCAACUCUCAGCAGGACCCCACUAAUACCGGAGAGCUGCCAGCAGGAGAAACAGGGGCUCUGGUGAAUACUGAGCAGUCUCCUCCACCAGCUCUCAGGGAAGGAACAGGAGUAGGAGAUGUCCCGGCACUGGGAGAAGUGUCCUCACCUGGUUCUGCACCUCCCAGCAGUGCUGGAAUGGAGCCCGAUCUCUCAGGGGCUGAAAGACCAGCGGACCUGCCCAGUGAAUCUGCCAGUGGUCCUGGGGCUGUUUACCCACUCCCGGGGGCUGUGUCUGGCCCUGCAUCUGAGACAGAGACACCAGCGAGCCCCAACCUCAGUGGUGCCCAGGGAGCACCUGGGUCUCCAUCCUUUGGUGGGUCGCAGCCAUGGGGAACAGCAACUGGUGCUCCCCAGGGAGCUGGUCUCCCUGGAGCUGAAGGACCAGACUCUGGCUUGUCUUCGUCAGGAGAUGCCCCCAACUCAGCAGUUCAUGGACUGGUAGGACCCCCAUCACCUGCCCUUGGGGACCAGCUUGGCACAAACCUGGGGCUGCCAGCAGCUGGAGGGCCUGGAGUGGGCACGGCAGAGCAGACACUGGAAGGAGCAGGCAGUGGGAUUGAUUCUGAGUCAUCCCUGAGCUCCACUGCAGGCAGUGGGAUGGCAGCUGGGAUAGAUCAACUUCCUGGUGAAGGUUCUUUGUCUGGUCCUGCCUUUCCCAGUGAUGUGGUGGCAGCACCUUCUGUUUCAAGGGGUGAUGAAGCAGGACCCAUCUCAGGUGCAGCCCCUGGUCCUGACAGCAUGUCCCUGGCCUCUCCGGCCAGUGAAACUGGUCUGGUGGAGGGGGCAGAGAGUGCAGGUGAUGUGGCACAGGCUGGAAACCCAGAAAGUCCCUACAUGGAGACAAAUCCUUCAGCUUUCAGCCCUCAAGAAGAUCAACUGCCUGGUGCAGGUUCCUCAUCUGGUCCUGCCCCUCCCAGUGGUGAGGUCGCAGCAUCCUCUGUUUCGGAUCCAUCCAGCCACAGUGCACUUGGAGGAGAGGGCAAUGCUCCUGGAGCUCUUCAGCCUUCCCUGGGUGCUGGGCCUGGGGUUCCUGCUGCUGCAGGAGAAGGGACAAGUGAAAUGGCUGGUAAUGGAGAGUCCAUGGGGCAGACCCAGGCUCCUACUGGAAAUGGACCAGCUGGUUCAGGAACCCCUGAUGAAGAUAUGGGAGAUGUGUUGCAGUCUGUAUCUUCUUCCUCAUCUACAGAGAGAUCUUCAUUGCCUGGGAGGACUGAUGAGACUGUUAACAAAGCAAAUCUUCCUGGAGCUGAUGGAGCCAAUGGUGGCUUGAAUACAGGCUUGGAGGCUGCUGGCCCCCAGGAAGCCCCUGUGUCUGUCCCUGGCAUCCAAAGUGCUGCCAAUAUUGGACUUUCUGAUGGAAAACAGAGCCAAGUCGAUGCGGUGCAGGUGCCUGGAGGAGCCUCGGUGAACGGGGGAUCUUCCCCUGGUGCCAGUCUGGUCCCAAUGGCUCCAGACAACAGCGGUGUUUCUGACAGCACGGCCACCUCGACAGCUUCUCUGCUUCUCCCUGAGCAUGGGCUGAGCUCGGGGCUGGCACCCAAUGGAGACACCCACUCUGCCCCUGGCAUCCAGAGUGGGAGCAGACCCCUGGUGCCAGGGGCACCAUCUGGGCUGGCAGGAGAGUCUGGAGGCAUUUCUUGGUCUCUUGAAGAUGAGUUGGCCUCAGGGAUGCCCGCACCUUUGGGAGAAGCAUUCCCCCAUGCUCCCAUAUCCCCCAACACUGCCUCAGUGCUGCCUUCUGCUCCACAGAGAGGAAAUGCUGCAGAGGGGGUGUCUGUCAGCCCUGAGCUUUCCGCUCCACUUGCGGCACUUCCAGCUGUUCCCCUCUACGGAUAUGGAGCGAGGGAAAAUGAUCGGGAGUAUGUGGAAAGGAGAGUGGAUUUUAAUUCUCCACUUUUCAAGCCUGAGACUGGAUUCCCAUUUGGGAGAACCCUGCGUGACUCUCUCUACUUUACAGACAAUGGACAAAUCGUUUUCCCAGCCUCGGACAAAGGCAUCUUCACGUAUCCCAACCCUCCUCCUGGCGGCUUCAAUGGCCAUGAGGAGGUUCCCAUGAUCGCUGUAUUUUGGGACAACGCCGACUUCUCCAGAGGUGUGGGCACCACCUUUUACCAGGAGUUCUCCACCCUCAACACGGCCAAGCCUCCGUUUGUCCGUGACGUGGAAGCGAAGGUUCGGCAGUACAUGAGGUCCUCCUACUCUGCAGCCUGGACCCUGAAAAUCACCUGGGAGAAGGCACCUGUCUAUGCAUCAAGGACUGACACCCGGAAGACGAUCACAUACCAGGCCAUCCUGACCACUGAUGGCUUCAGGUCCUACAUCCUGAUGCUGUACCAGGACGGAGGGAUGCAAUGGGAUUACACCAAACUCGCUGCCACCAAUGUGCUCAUCGGCUACACCAGUGGGGAUGGCUUUUAUUACAACGAUGACCUGAGUAAGAGACCUCCAGCUGCUAAAUAUCGCCCUGACCAGUUCAGGGGCUACAACACAGACCUCCGUGGGCUGUGGAUUUACAAGCUGGAGAGCCGCGUGGGCAUCAACUACCGGCUGAAGUGCCUGGCAUGGACAGGGCAGCAGCAGGAGCCACGGGCAUGGAGCCAGGGCCUGCCCACCUGCCCCUGCUCCCUGCAGCAAGGGCAACAGGACCCACGCUUCAAGAGCAGCCGUGGAGGCCGGUGGGCUGCCCGUGUCUCCAUGCUGCACUCGGCCUCCCCCAACCAGCACGGCGCCGGCGUCCGCUGCCUGUACGACAGCCAGAACCAGCUCAUCGAGGGGCGGCAGGAGAGGUACUGGAGGUCCUCCAGGCAGGCGUCGCCCUACCGUGACCAGGAGCUGAAGCUGUAUGACUGGUGCUGCAACCGGGCGGGCAGCGCCCACCUCUGCGCCCGCUACAGCGAGAAGCGGCCGAAGAUUGGCUGUGAUGGAUACCAGUCACCUGGCAUGGAUUCCUCAGAGGAGAUAGAGAGAGACUCGGAUGAGGAAAUAGAUGGAGACGACAAGUAAAUGAGGGGUUGCACACCCACAGCAUGGUCUGGGCCACGGCUGAUCCUUUGGGUCCUUUGCUCUGCUCAUCUCCUGGGUCCUCCCCUAGAACCCAUCGCCCCUGCCCACCAUGCAAGGCAUCUCACUUGUCCAGUGCUUGUGGUUGCCUGCACUGGCAACUUCAUAUUUCUACAUGAACUAUAUGUUCCUAACUCAGACUUGUCCCAGGGAGUCAGUUGUUUCAGUUGUCCUUUCCCAGCUGCAGUUGAGUGGGUGCCCAUGGGCACCUCCUUGCUGGCAGGGAGGUGGGCAGGUACCCCCCACCACACACACCACCCUUGUCCUUCCUACGUCCCACUGUGUUCCCAUGCUGAAGGGGAGCCUGGACCCCUGGCACCCAGGGAAAAGGUUUCUACACCUCGCAGGGGUUGACUGUGGCCAAUACCUUGAGUGCCAGGGUGCACCAGGCUGGUCCCAUGAGCCAGUUCUGUCUUGUCCCCCACUUCUGUCCCCCAACCAUCCCUCACUGAGUGGUCCCUGGGCCCUGUGCCCAGGAGAAGGGACCGAUUCUCUGGAUCAAGCCAGAAUCAGCUUGACACGCCUGCUGGGUGUGUGAGGGCAAAAUGCAACCCCAUGAUCAGAAAUGUUGGGAGAAAAAUAAUUUUUUGUGUGUAAGUGAGCAUCUGCCUUUCUUACAAAAAAUAAAUCAUUGUCAAAUCUUGUUUGUUCAAUAAAA